AUGUCUGUAUGAUAUAUAUUUAUAUAUGCUCGGCUCGAAGGAUGAAAACAUGUGAUGUGACAGAUUAUUACGUAAAAUGUUUAUAAUGUUAUGAAGAUUUUAAGGUGUUCCAUAAAGGAAGUAGAAGCUCCACGCAGCCCUGAGAGAUGUCCCUCCACGGCUCGGGCACAUCUGAGGUGUCGUCGGUGGUCAGUCAGACCAAGGGUGUGUCCGGCGGGGAGGGGGCAGGCCCGUUGCCGCUGGACAAGGACCAGGUCCUGGCCGCGACCUCCCAGGCUUCUCUGUUGCUCCCCCCCAAGAUGAUGUCCGUGAGUGGCUCGGCCUCGCAGAGCUCGUGCCAGGACGAGGUGGAGGAGGCAGCGUCCUCCUGCAACCAGUUCAGCAUCCCCAUCGUGGGGUACGAGAUCAUGGAGGAGCGCGCUCGCUUCACGGUGUACAAACUGCGCGUGGAGAACCAGCUGACGGGGGACUGCUGGUUCGUGUACCGCCGCUACACCGACUUUGUGCGUCUUCUCUGCAAGCUGAAGAACGACUUCCCCGGAGUAAAACUGUCGCUGCCCAAGAAAAGGUGGUUCAGGGACAACUUUGACAGCCGCUUCCUGGAGGAGCGCAUCCAGGGACUGCAGGCGUUUGUCAACGACAUCCUGCAGUCGAGUCACCUGAGUGCCUGCCUCGCCGUCAAGGACUUCUUCUGUCUCAACGAGCCUCCCUCGUACGCAGAGAGCAUGGAGGAGUCCAGAGUGGUGUUCGAGGUGCUGGAGGAGACGGUGUUCCAUCUGCGCUGCCAGGUGCAGGAGAGGGACCUGCAGAUAGAGCAGCUCAAGAAGCAGCAAGAGUCCCUCUUCAACUUCAUCAGGAUGUCGACGAAGGAGUGCUCGCGGUGCUUCAAGGACGUGGUGAGCAUGGAGGCGACCGUGCCUGCGGCGUCCUCCACCCCCCUCAAGGACAUCGUGGAGGAAGCAGAGGACAGCGUGGUGCCACCCCCGGAGCACGGCUAGCACGGCUGGCAUGGCUGGCACGGCUGGCUCUCUCCUUCCUCCCACUCUGGGGGUGCACGAGUCGAGUCGAGUCGAGUCGUACAAAAACUCAAGUAUUUUCGAAUAGAGUAUUCAGCAAAUAUUUUGACGUGAUAAUGUCUUAUAAAUCGAUGAACGCCGGCUUCACGCACGAAAAAUUGUCACGUUCAGCCUGAGCCGAGCGUGAAAGAACCGGCCAACCACCGUGCGAGAAAAUCUUCUAUAAUAUCAAACAGGUUAAGGCGGGCGUUUUAACUAAUUGUUCGUUAUUAUAUUUAAACAAAUUAUUUGAAUUAAAUUUGCAAAAACUGGAAAUAAUAUUUGGAAAUUUAAAAGUGCAAUUUUUCAUCAAUGUUUUCUUAUGACUUUAUCACGUAAAAUUAUCAUCCGUAAACCGACUUUACAAACUCCCCCCCCCCCCCUUUUUUUUUUUUUGCGCUUUACCUUUUAAGCUCAACUAACAGAACAUAGUGGCACAAGAGUACAUACUGUACAGAGUAUCUCAUGAUGGUUUAUUUACUCACUAUUAUUGAGUUAACUGAAUAAUAGCCUACAGUCCCUACCCACAGUAUUUAUAUUUAUCAUUUAAUUUGUUCAUAUUUCAGGUUGUUUGCAGUUGUCGUCGAGCGGGCUGAUCCCCUUAUUGGUUGUGUAGGUUCUUGGGCUAGCUCAGUUGGGGGUGGGUUUCGGGCCGCGUGGCAGUUAAGAGGAUCUAGCCUGCUAAUAAUGAAACUACAUAGGGUUUCGUGGCACUCACUCUUUUUAUUGGCCACUAUUUGCAC